UAACAAAAGAAAACAAAUAAGGCCUAAAGUGACACUAUUUCGAUGAAGGCAGAUGGGGGAAUAGAGAGGCAAUUAAUACAAGAAGAAACAUGAUUUGAAGAAAUGAAUGAAUUCCAUAAAAUAGGCACAUGCCUCCUUCUGUCUCUCUCUCUGACUUGUUCUUCUCUCUCUCCUUUUUCCUGUCUGCCAAGCCAAAGUCCCUCUUCCUGAUUUCGUUUCCGCAAAAUCCCCACAAUCUCCGCAACCCCCUUUACAUUAUUAUUCCCUUAUGAUAACAACAACAUUCCACUUUCAACCUCCAUUUACACAUUUUCAAGACUUUGGCAUUCUCAAAAUUCUAACCAGAUCUUGGAUCUUCUUUAAAAUGUCAUAAAGGUUCACCAUUUCAGUAACCCCCAAGUGUCAGCCCUUUUCAUUAAAGAAAUGGAACACAAGCAUAUGCUCAUACUUAUUAUAGUACCAAGUUCAGUAACUGCAAUAGUUGUUUUAUUGCUCUUGAUUUAUUGCUGUAGAAGGAAAAGAGUGGAAGGUGUUUCUAGAGAUGUAGAAGCUAGUUUUGAGGUUAAAGAAAGAGAUGGGGUUGAAAAAGAUUUGUUGAUCAAGUUUCAAGAUGGUGAAGAUCUCAGUGUAUAUGAUAUCUUGGAUGCACCUGGAGAAGUUAUAGGGAAAUCAAGUUAUGGGACUUUAUACAGGGCUACUUUGCUGAGUAUUGAUAGGCUUACAUUGUUGAGAUUCUUGAGACCAGCUUGCACUGUGACAAUGAAAGAAGUGGUGCCUGUUAUGGAGCUUUUGGGGUCUUUAAGGCAUCCAAAUUUGGUGCCUUUGUGUGCAUUUUAUGCAGGGCCAAGAGGAGAGAAAUUGAUGGUACAUCCUUUUUAUCGCCAUGGAACCUUAGCUCAAUUGAUUAGAGACGGGAAUGGUGAGGCUCAUAAAUGGCACAUCAUAUGUAGGAUCUCCACUGGCAUUGCUCAAGGACUGAAUUAUCUUCACACAGAUUUGGAAAUUCCCAUAAUCCACGGGAAUCUCAAGUCGAAUAAUAUACUUUUAGAUCGUCACUUCAGACCUUAUGUAUCCGAUUUUGGGUUGCAUCUUCUCCUGAAUCCAACUGCAGGCCAAGAAAUGCUUGAAGCUUCAGCAGCUCAGGGAUACAAAGCCCCUGCAUUAAUCAAGAUGAAAGAAGUUAGUGAAGAAACUGAUAUUUACAGCCUUGGGAUUAUCUUGUUAGAGUUAUUAACAGGGAAGGAACCAUUCUACAAGAAACCAAAUCUUGAUAAGGAUAUUUAUUUGCCUAAUGCCAUUCAAAGUGCAAUUCUUGAUCAUAGAGUUGUGGAUUUUUUCCAUCCACAGAUUCUGCUUAGCCAAGGUGAUGGCCAAAGGGAAGUUAAUGAAGAUCAUGUUUAUGAAUUCCUUCAGCUUGCAAUGGCUUGUUGUUCUCCCUCACCUGCUCUUAGGCCUAGUAUAAAGCAGGUUCUUAGCAAGCUUGAAGAAAUUGGAAAGUGAGAAUGAACAAUCUUUCUGCUUCUGCUUGAAGCAUGACCUGUUUCUUCUGAGUGACUUGAUCCAAUCGAUCGAUAUUGACAUACUUAAGGUCAUGAUAAGCAUGUUGAUGAUGCUGAUAUAACGCGCUGACUUCGUGUGAGGAAACUGCUUUUUGGGGGACAUGUCUUAAUUCCCUAUGUGCAAUCACAGCAAGAGAAUGUUGUGAAGCUUAAAUCAAUUGGCAAGAACUAUGAAGUUGGUGUUCAGUUUUUUUGGCAAAGCACAAGUUCACUCCAGAAUCAGAAACAAGUUUCUCGAUCCUGAAGAUUCGAAAAGUUUUAUUUUAUGACUCACAUGACUAAUACAAGUAGCGUGAGACUCUUUUUUGUCUCACAAAAAAGUGGACCCAAACCCGCAAGGGUGGCUCAGUUGGUUGAGCAUGCGGCUUUCAUAAUGGAGGUCUCAAGUUCGAAACCCCCUGCCUACGACAGCAGGGGAUUUGCCUUCUGGGUCGAGCUCGUCGCACGGGGCUUGCCUAGUGCAGGUUACCUCUUCUGUGUGGUUUGCGAGCUAUUGCACAGGAGCUGGAUUUACCUUGUGCGCACCCGAGGGGUAGCGGCUGCGGGUUCCCAUGUCAUCAAAAAAAAAAAAAAAGUGGACCCAAAGUUGUAAGAUUUGGGUCCCCACUUAGUUGUGUGAGACACAUAAUAAAAUUGUUCGAUUUGAUUCACAGUGCUCUCAUAAAGAUGGAUUAGGAACUACACAUUGCGAUAUGACUGAGAUAUUUGUAAAUUAUAGUUGGAAGUUUAAAGAGUGACGUUUAAUUAGUUUGUCCUGUGGUAGCAGUUAACAACCAGAGACGUCUCAAUUUCAGAGAAAAUCUGGUGACCGUUGGAAGCUCCAAUGGAUCCAUAAGAUACAAUCACCACCAACCGAGUGCAUGCACCACGAUUUGUUGACAAAUGUGGUGAACAUUUUUGUAUUUUUGGGUUAAAAGCUUAAACAUUACUUAGUAAGGACACACUGUUUCAGCAACAAGACAAAGAGGAGUCAUUUCCCAUCAACAUCAUUGAAAUUAUUGAUCUGCCA